ACGCGUCUGUCUGUAAUAGUAAUUGCCUGUCGUAUUGCAUUUUGAUAUUUUUGAAAACUCCGGUUUAUUGAUGAAAAAGUGAAUUCAAUUUUAUUAAAGCUAUAGAAAACAGGAAUGGCCUUCAGUGAAGUUUGUAGAAUUUGUUUAUGCGUUAAUGUUCGCAUGCUUGUACUAAAGAAGACUAGUCUCCGAAAUUUGUACAAAACAUUGACGAACAGUUUUAUGGAUGAGGAUGAGGAGCCAAUAAUUGUUUGUUUCACCUGUCAUGCAAGACUCAUUCGUUGCAGAACAUUACAACACCAGGCUAUUGAGUCAAAAGCAGUUCUGGAGCAGUUGCUUGCAGGAGGGUCCAUGGUAUUAUCCGUUCCAUCCAUUAUAACUUAAAAGUCCCUCAUAGAUUGCUUCAUAUAGGAGGGGUUUUGCCCAAUUUGCCAUGUUCGGCAGGUUGGCAACUGCAGUUUAUAUUGGUCUGGGUCGUUAUCAGGAAGAUGCUGUUACCCAACUCCUAUUUCUGUUUCCCUAUGUUGCAUCUUACGGGGAUCAAACCCGGGUUGCUCGCAUACUAUGAAGCUUACAUCGAGCGCUAACCAUCUGAGCUAUCACGGCUCUUUAUACUCUAUUGUAUAUAAAGGAAAUAUUAUCUAUAUGUAAUAUUACUCACUAAACAAAAAUCAACAAAGAUCUUUGUCAAUUUACAGCAUUUGUGAAUCUGUUUCAAAAAAUUGUUUAGACUUGAUGCUCGGGAUGGAUGAACUAUCUUCAUUCUUUAUUUAUUUAAUUUUAUUUGGAACCUUUUGUCUGGAUUUUAUUAACCCUUAAUUACUCGCGUGGGGUAUAUUUAACCCCACGGCGUAUUUGAAGCGUCGUAUCUCCGCCAUUUUUAAAGUUACCUCCAUGCCGUUCUUAGUAGCUGCCUAAAUACCUCCCCCCGCCGCGAAUCAGUCACGAGCGCCGCUCCGUGUCGUGUGGUUGUGUCAGGAGAUCGUGUCUGGGGUAUAUAUUGCCCCACGCGAGUAUUCGUGCAACUUUUUUUGGACAAGUGAGUAUUUUUAUUUUUAUUUUUUAAUGUGCAGUACAGAUACUAAAUGGUUAGGUUUUUUUACUUAUCUUUGUUUUCUGUUCUUUUUUAGGUUAUAACACCUAAAAUGGCAAGUAAGCGUCUUUCUAACUACCAGAUUCUUGAGUGUAUAUUAGAAGACGACGAAGAAAGCAUCAUAGAUAGUCCCGAUGAAGAUGAGGGAGACGAUGAAGUGAUCCAGAGUGACCACAACUCAGAAUCUGAAGAAAGUGCCAAUGAAACCGAGUUAGAAUGGAGUGAUGACGAUAAUGAACCGCUGAGUAGACACGCAAGUAAAGAUUCUGAUAGCUUUUAUUUAUCAAAAAAGAAAUGCACAAAGUGGGCAAAAGAGCCGCCGCGUACUAGCGUUCGAGUUCGUAGACACAAUAUUAUGAGGGAAACACCAGGACCUAAGGGAGCAGCCAAGGAGAUACAUACAAUGUCAGAAGCAUUCUUUUGUAUGUUUUCAAUGGAUACUGUCAAUUUAGUACUGCAACAGACCAACGAUUACAUAAAAUCGAUACAAGGAAAAUUUCAACGCGAACGUGAUUGCAAAUUCCUAGAAUACGAAGAACUUUUGGCUUACCUAGGUUUGCUUUACAUGUCUGGUGUGCUGCGUUCAUCUCACUUGAACUUCAAAGAUCUGUGGGCUACCGAUGGAACAGGCAUCGAGUUUUUUCAAAACACAAUGUCAUUCAACAGAUUUCUUUUUAUAUCAAGAUGUGUUCGUUUUGAUGACAAAAAUACUAGAUCUGAAAGGCAAAAGACAGACAAACUAGCAGCAGUCAGAGAGUUCACUGAUUUGAUGAAUAAUAAUUUCAUCAAUAAUUACUCUGCAUCUGAAAAUGUCACCCUAGAUGAACAAUUACCUGCCUUUCGAGGAAGAUUUUCUGGUGUUGUUUAUAUGCCCAACAAACCCACGAAGUACGGCAUAAAGCAUUAUGCACUCGUAGACUCGGCAACAUUUUAUUUACUGAAAUUUGAAAUUUAUGCUGGAGUACAACCUGAGGGUCCAUAUCGAAUGCCUAAUGAUACAGUAAGUUUGGUAAAGCGCAUGACAGAACCCAUCUGGGGUACUGGUCGAAACGUUACGAUGGACAACUGGUUCACUAGCGUCCCUCUUACAAAUACGCUUCUAAAAGAUCACCAGCUUACUAUGGUUGGAACUAUUCGCAAGAAUAAGCCGGAAAUUCCAACUUGCUUCCAGCCCAAACGAACACGAGCUGAGCAUUCCAGUCUGUUUGGUUUCCAAGAAGACGUAACACUUUGCUCUUACGUUCCAAAAAAAUCUAAAGCUGUACUGCUGAUUUCGUCAAUGCAUCAUGACAAUAAAAUAGUUGAAAGUGAAAAGAAGAAACCGGAAAUUAUUUUGUACUACAAUCGCACGAAAGGUGGCGUAGAUACCAACGACCAAAUGUGUGCUAACUAUUACGUCGGCAGACGUACAAAGAGAUGGCCUAUGGUUAUAUUUUAUCACCUUCUCAACGUUGCUGGUAUCAAUGCAUAUGUCAUUUAUAAAAAUAAAAUUGACCACGGAAUAUCAAGAAGGGAGUUUUUGAAGCAUCUUGCAGUUGAUUUGGUAAAGGCUCGCCAACAAACUCGAGCAACUAUACCACAACUGCCUAGGGCCGUACAAAAACGGCUAAAAAGAAAUGCUCAAGUUCAGGAUCCUAGCCCCACUUCCAGAGGUGGUCCAUCGACAACUUAUAAAAGGUGCCAUAUCUGUCCAAGGUCGAAGGAUAAAAAAAUAAGAUUUAUGUGUGCCAAAUGCCACCAGCAAGUUUGUCACGACCAUUCCACUAUGAUAUGUGAUAAAUGUAUUGAUUAAAAAGUUCCUAAAUUUAAAGUUUCAUAUCUUUAAAAGUUUUUAAGGAUACUAUUACAAUUUAGAACAAUGUUGCCUCUUUCAAAUUUUUAUAAUAAAAAAAAAGUAUGUCAUUAAAAAUAUGUCAUUAAAAAUAUGUUUUAUUGUACCUUUACAAUUGGGGUUAUAUAUUCCCCACGCGAGCGUAAGUGUAACUAUAUGGACGCGAGUAAUUAAGGGUUAAUAUUUGGAGUUAUUGUCAGGAAGAUGCUGUUACCCGUUUCCUGUUUCAGUUUCCCUCUGUCCCUUUUUACGACAUCUGCGGGAUGGUAUGGUAGUAUUGAUUCUCCUACGACACCACUACACUGGCUUUUUCUCUUAUUUAACAAAAGAAUUUGGUUUCAGUCAGUAACAAAUCAUCAUGAGGCUAGAGAUAAGAUUCAAUUCACACCAAUUAGUCAUAUAGAUAUCAGGCCAGUAGAGUGUGAUGUAGAAAAUAAUUGUAAGGACGAAAUAUUUAGCCUUGAAUCUAUUAAAGUUGAGGAAGAGAAUUUCGAAAAUGAGAAUUCUACAUUUGAAGAAAGUGGGAAUAAUGAAAUAGGUAAGAUAUACACAUUUUGUGAUAUUAUUAAAAUAAGGUACAAUUUACCGAAUCGCAAGUAGUUACUGUAGCUCAUGGACACAAAAUAAAGAGGGUUUCAUGUGCAAUGUACUGAUUUACAGAUUUGCUUUUGCCUAAAUUCAAAGUGCAUGUUAAAAGCACUCUCAUAGAGAAAGAAAAUUACAAAUUAAAUAAUUAUUUAAGAGAUAGGCAUGUAUGGACAUCAUAAUUAAAAAAAAAAAACAAAAUGUUUUAAAAUGCUCGG